UAUAUGAGUUUUAUCUUGUUCGUUUUCUUUGGUCUUUUGAAAAUUUCCGUUUUUAGUAUAGUCAAUACUUUGAUGUUUCUUUGAAUUCUCUAUUCUAUGAAAUUGGUUUCUUUUAGUCAAAACGUAUUCGUUGGCAUUUUCCUGUUUAUAAAAAAAACACCCUUUUUAUAUCCCAAUCUCUCUCUAUUUCAAAAUGAUCCUUUUUUUUAACCGAAACGAUUUCAUUUUUCAAUUCCCUCAAAUUUAUGGUGAAAAACUGGACGAAUUCAGGGCUUAUUUGUUCAGAUUUUAGUUUUUCUACCAAAUUAGGCGUUCUUCUGUGGAUAGAAGUGGUUCGAAGAUGAAUCAUUGUAACCUUCAGCAGAACGCCUUCAUCAUGUCUCGUGACGAGUCGAGAGGGUUUGUUUCUUCUAUCUUUUGUGAUCCAAUGGACUCUGUUGUUUGUCCUAAGCCCCGUCGCCCCAACAACGUUAUUCGUCCCCUUAGAUUACAUUAUAGUCAAUCAGGAGCUGCUGAUACAUGUGAUUCUAAUAAAGCCGGGGAAGAUCUUUUGGACAUAAUUCGUAGAAAGGAGGAAUCAGUAUCAUUUGUUGCUUCAUCACCCCCAUUUUUUCUUGGGUCUCCCCCUAGCAGAGCAGCGAACCCUUUAGUUCAAGAUGCACGCUUUGGAGAUGAGAAACUCAACCCUGUCUCACUCUCACUCUCCCCUCUUCCCUUAUCUGCAUCUCGUGUCAAAGGAGGAGGUUGUGGUAGAAUGGAUUAUGGGGUGAAACCAGCAACUGUUAGAGUAGAAGGAUUUGAUUGCUUGAACAGGGACAGCCAAAACUCAAGCAUCCCUGCCAUGGCCUAGAAGAAGAAGAAGAAGGAACAGAGAGAUUCGCAAGGUGUACAUAAAAUCCAGGAUCAAGACUCCAGUGUUUGAAGCAGGUUUAUAUAUUUUUGAAGACGAUGAGGAAACAGAGGAUUAAAAGAUCAUCAGUUACGGCUUUUACCGCAGUUUUUUUGUUACUAUGAUGAGGUCGAUGUUGUGUAUAUGAGGCUAUUUUGUAUAUAUUAUCCACUGUAAUUAAGAGGUAAGAUGGAAACUUGAUGAGUUAAGUUUCUUCCUAUUCCUAGAGUCUCGCUGUAACAUAUUAAAAGCAAUUUGGAGUUUUGUUCUCUUUUGUAUAGUACCGUUUCUUCUUUGUUUGGGGAUUCACAAGCAAUGUAAAUUGUAAUUUUAAUU